UGCGUUCUUCUAGUGUAAAAUUUUUGCAAUCCUUCAUUUUGAUUCUUUUAAACCAAAAUAUUUGCCAGAUGCAAUCUUUGUUAAAAAAAAAAAAAAAACUAAUUUGAAAUGUAGGUUUCGCCGUUAGUGGAACGGUUGUUUUGGUGAGUAGCUCUUGGUUGUACUGGAUUUUUAGGAAAAGAAAGCUCAUCAAAAUUAGAGAACAAUUCUUUAGGCAGAAUGGUGGAUUGAUGUUGCAACAACAACUCUCUAGACAAGACAAACCAACACGAGAAUUGGUCACAAUCUUCACUUCAGAAGAGCUCAUGCGGGCUACCAACAACUAUGAUGAAAGUAGAAUUGCUAGCCGAGGAGGUUUUGGAAAUUCUACCAGAAAACAAGAUAGUGGCUAUCAAGAAAUCCCAAAUGGUGGAUGAAAGUCAAAUAGAGCAAUUCAUCAACGAGGUGGUCGUGCUUUCACAGAUCAAUCACAGGAAUGUGGUCAAACUCUUAGGUUGUUGUUUGGAAACUCAAGUCCCUUUACUUGUCUAUGAAUUCAUCACCAAUGGCACUCUCUUUGAGCAUAUACAUAACCAAAGCAAGGCAUCUAAUAUAUCAUGGGAAAAUCGUUUGCGAAUAGCUGCAAAAACUGCUGGAGUACUGUUAUAUUUGCACUCUGCAGCGUCGAUUCCUAUCAUCCAUAGAGAUGUCAAGUCUACAAAUAUACUCUUAGACGACAAUUACAUUGCAAAAGUGUCGGACUUUGGAGCAUCAAGGUUGGUUCUACCAAACCAAAAUCAAUUAACCACAGUGGUGCUAGAAACUCUUGGAUACUUAGACCCUGAAUACAUGCUCACAAGCCAGUUGACUGAGAAAAGUGAUGUUUAUAGCUUCGAUGUAGUCCUUGUAGAGUUAAUCACUGCAAAGAAGGCAUUGUCAUUCAACAGGCCAGAAGAUGAGAGAAAUCUAGCUAUGUAUUUUAUUACUUGUAUGAACAAUGAUUGGUUGAACCAAAUUAUUAAUGAACACAUGGUAAUUGAAGGAAACACUUAGGCGCUCAAAGAAGUUGCUAAUCUUGCAAAGAGAUGCUUGAGAGUAAAAGGGGAGGAAAGGCCUUAUAUGAAGGAAGUAGCGAUGGAACUGGAGGGGUUCAAUAGGAAAAAGAUAUCUAAAAAUGGUUUGAAUUAUGCAGGAGACUGAGAACAUGCGUGGUAAGGCAUCAACUGGAUAUGUACUUGGAGGUUAUAGAAGCAAAACAGAACAACAGCUGGGGUUGAUAGCAUGGUGGAAGAGAUGCUAUUGCAUGGUGGGAGGUGAUUUGAUUGUUUUGUGUUUGUCCAUGAUGAUAACAACUUCAU